AUGGACCCCCAGUCUGCCCUCCCACUGCAGCUGCAUGGCAACAGUUUUGCUAUGAGCUCUGGACAAGUGCCACAACUAAGCGUGGGAUGUGUUGAAGAAGGAGGAGGUGGAGGCCAAGAAGCUGAACUUAAUCAACACAUGACCUCCUCUGCUCAUGUCAGUUGCAGGUUGAACCCAGGUGAACAGCUUCAGUGCCCACUGGAGCCUCUGGUUCACUGCCAUGCCAAGGGCAAGAUGGACAUCGAGAGCAGGGGCUGCAGUCUACUCACCAUCUGCCGCUCAGGAGUAAUUUUUCCCUGGAUGAAGCCACGGACAACUGAUUCUGAACAAUCUGCCAGAGGAAGGCUCUGUGUCAGGAGCGAGAGAACGGCCUUCACCAAAGGCCAGCUGCUGGAGCUGGAGAAGGAGUUUCACUUCAGCCCUUACCUGCGUCGUCCUCAGCGGCUGGAGAUGGGUGCUGGGCUGCAACUCACCGACCGCCAGGUCAAGAUCUGGUUUCAGAACCGCAGGAUGAGGUACAAAAAAGAGCGGAGGCAUGGAAAGGUGGCAGGGUCUUCCCAGGGGUCUCCCUAUAACCCUUCCCUCAGCUUGAGCUCAUGUGCCGACCAGCUGAGGUUUCAGGGUGAAUGUGUUGUUAGGACUUCCUCCUCAGAGCUACGCUUCACAGAUUACGCUCCUAUGUCCUCCUCUCUCUUUGGCUCUCACAGUGAUGCCAGCAGUGGUCAGUGUAAUCACCCCGCAGACCUUCCCCAUUUGAGCUGCAUACUUCCAUCUGUUGCAAAUGGUCCUCCACCCUCCUGUACAGGCGCAGAUAGUCAUCACCAUGCUGGCAUUUCAAACUGGCCCUAG